AUGGCGGCUGCCGCCGGGACCGGGUUCUCUCGGGGGCGGUUUCUGGGAGAAUGGCUGGGGCAGGGGGAUGCUUGGGCUGGGCGUUUCGGGUAUUCAGACAAAGUACAGCGUGGAGGCUGUGUGUCUUUCUGCCUUUACACGGGGGGCUCUAGCCGUUCCUUCCUCCGAGAAUCCCCAUUAUGCUGCGGCCGAGGGGGUGACAGGGACGCCGCUCCCCCUUGUAAGGCUAGCACGAGCAGCCACGAGGCCCCGAAGCGUCGUUCCCAAGGAGAGGCGGCCGCCCGCCGGCAGGACUCUGGAGAACAAAGAUCGGCCUCUCGACAAUGCGGCGGAUCCUGGAAGCGGGCGGUGCCCGAAAGGUUUUGUUUUUCCCUAUCCUGUCAAUUUAUUAUUCUUUUGAAGAUUCUUCGUUGUCAAGCCGCCAAAGUGGAGAGUGCGAUUGCAGAAGGGGGUGCUUCUCGUUUCAGUGCUUCUUCGGGCGGAGGAGGAGGUAGGGGUGCACCUCAGCACUAUCCCAAGACUGCCGGCAACAGCGAGUUCCUGGGGAAAACCCCAGGGCAAAACGCUCAGAAAUGGAUUCCUUCACGAAGCACUAGACGAGAUGACGACUCCGCAAAUGACAAAGAAAGACAUGAUGCAAUCUUCAGGAAAGUGAGAGGCAUAUUAAAUAAGCUUACUCCUGAAAAGUUUGACAAGCUAUGCCUUGAGCUCCUCAAUGUGGGUGUAGAGUCUAAGCUCAUCCUAAAGGGGAUCAUACUGCUGAUCGUAGACAAAGCCCUUGAAGAGCCAAAAUAUAGCUCGCUAUAUGCUCAACUAUGUCUGCGACUGGCAGAAGAUGCACCCAACUUUGAUGGCCCAUCAGCAGAGAGUCAUCCAGGACAGAAGCAAAGCACAACAUUCAGACGCCUCUUAAUUUCUAAACUUCAGGAUGAAUUUGAAAACCGCACCAGAAAUGUUGAUAUCUAUGAUAAGCAUGACGGCCCCCUCCUCCCCGAGGAGGAGGAACAGAGAGCCAUUGCUAAGAUCAAGAUGCUGGGAAACAUCAAAUUCAUUGGAGAACUUGGCAAGCUUGAUCUUAUUCAUGAAUCUAUCCUUCAUAAGUGCAUCAAAACAGUAAGUGGGGGGUUUUUUGGCUUCAUAUAACUUACAGAAGUACUU